UGGCCAGUUGAGUUUCAUUGUUCCACAGAAAAUGGUGCAUCGCGGGAUGACGGUCGCGUAAUCGCACACACAGCUUCUCGUACAUUUUGUGCACCAAAUUUAGUCGCGGAAUUUCGGUCCAGUUUCCCGUGUGGCACCUCACCACCCGUCGUUGUUGGUUUCGGUUCCGUUUGCCUCCGUUUCGGUUUCGUAAGCCAUUUCCGGGGAGGUAAACUUUAGUUCGCUGCGCGAGUGACUCAUAUCCGAAAGGACGGGUUAUUUUUUGUUGUGAAAAUUUACGUCGAAUUCCAUCGUUGGUCGGUGGUGGAAAAAGGUCUGUGUCGCAAGCAAGAAAGAAGUAACGGCGAGGCGAUUGGUGCUGGCUGCGGGGUGCAGCUCUUGUGUUUCGGUUCAGAAAAUAUUGUGCUUGUGAGUUUGUGUGUAUCGUUGUGUGGAAUUAAAGGUUGAGUUGGAGUAUACGCUUGGAGCUCUAGCAGCAGCAGCGCAACACCAGCAGAAAAGAACGUGAAGCAGGAAGCAGAGGCCAGCUCGUCUCGGUAGCCCAGCGAGAUAGUCAGCAGACCUAUAGCGCAAAGCGGGACUGGACGAGUGUAUGUGUUGGAUUUCGUUGCACCUCUUUGCCAUAUGAAUAGUAGGUAUGCUGUGUGAUUGCAUCUGGUUAUACAUACACCCAUGUUUUUUGAACGAACGACUUGAUUAAAUAUGACGAUCCCAUCAAGACCAGCCCCACCGCCUCCCCAGGCAUCCUCCAAUAUAACCACACGCUACAGCCCGGCCACCAACUGGGAUGACACACCAUUCAGUCCUCCACCAAUCGGUUUUGUCGCAGCCAACAGCAGACCCGUUCCUCCACUUUCGGGAAACCAAGCAAACAUGAAACCGAAGAAAGCGCCUCCACCGAGACCUCCCCCACCGAAAGUGGUCCCAGCACUGAAGAAACCCGGUCAGCCACAGUCCGUCAACAUUCUGUCGAACUUGUUUGGUCAAAAACGAAGCCAUGCAUCGAAGGGAACGGUCAAGUCCCAGCAAGGACAGCUGCCCAUGAAAUUACCACCGCCCCCGAAGCAACCGCCACCCCUAAACCAACAUCCGACUGGACACUACGGUUCCAUCGGAUUCACCUCGGGGAACAAUGCUCAACCCAGCACCGCUGCUUCCGGGUCGGAGCUGAUCAGCUUCGAUUCGCCACCAAGCUCACCAACGUUCACGCAGAAAUCCUGCAGCGACUGCAUCAGCGUGGACAGUUUCAGUUCCGACUCGAACUAUUCCUCCCCCAACAAUGGCAACAUGUCCCAGGCGGAGAGCGGCUUCGAGGAUGAUUUCGUCAGCCAGCACGAGCACCAGCGCUCGAAGGCCACCACACCGGCAUCGUCUACGUCUUCUGCGGCGACGCCAUCGUCCUCGUCAGCCCUAAAAGACCUCUGGGACCUAUCCGACGCCUUCGGAAUGCAACAAACGGCGAGGUCUACUACGACGCCCUCCAGUAUCUACGCACCGGUAUGCUCCGCCACGAUACGAGCCCCCGCGGUGAACAGCAAACUCUACGCGUCCGAAUUUGUGGAUCCCCUGUGCAACGGAAAAUCCGUGGCCCCCAAAGUGCAAACCGUCGCGAUGCCGACCAUCAUCAAACCCGGAGGCGCCGCCGCCAGCAGUAGUCAAAAGAGCACACCCGUGCACAGCAUCGGUGGUCUCAAAGCGAAACCGGCCCCAUUACCCCUCUGGACAUCAUCGGCCAAACCGCCAAUUUCAGUUCCUGUUACUACACCGGCGGGGAACAACACCUUCGAAGAUGACGACAGUGAGGAAUCGCUGGAGUCCCUACCGUCGCCACCGAUGCCAAACAUUCCACCACCUCCGCCGCCGGCGUCCUUCCUGGUAGUGGAUCAGCCAACAGAUGAUCUGGAGGAAGUGCCUGUCGCCAGCGGCGAGCCAUACGGAAUCGCGAUGUACGAUUUCAACGGGGAAACCGAUGAGGAUCUCAGUUUUAGGACAAACGAUAAAAUCUACUUGCUAAAGCGACUGAACGAGGAAUGGCUGCUGGGCAAAGACCGACGUGGCUGCGAGGGUAUGUUCCCUGCAAAUUACAUCGAUGUGAAGGUCCCGCUUCGGGAAGCACAGGCUCGAACCAGCGGCGGUUCCAGCACCAUUACCACCAGCAGCAGCAGCAUAAGUGGCAGUAGCAGAUCCGAAACUGCUAUCAAUCAUCGUGAUAUUAGUCAUAGUGGAACCGAUAGCUUUAGAACCCAUCACCACCCGCAAGUGCGCGUGCUGUACACCUUCACCGCCGAAACCGCGGAAGAUUUAACGAUAGUGGAAAACGAGUUCGUCACCGUGCUGGGCCAGAUCACGCCCGAGUGGUUGUACGGAGAAGCGCACGGUCAGCGCGGCCAGUUUCCGGCCAACUUUGUCGAGUACGUUCCAGCCAAUCUACCUCUAGUGCCGGCCAACGAUAGGACGUAAAACGCGUAAGCACUUUGUGUUUGUAUCAUCUCCCGCCACUCUGGCAUUGUUGUUUGGUCCUACACUAAAAGCGCCUUGUUGCAAACGUGCGGAAAUCGGAGAUACCGCGGUAGAUGAUCCACUUUUUUGAAGGAAUUUCACACAGAAGCAUCGGAAGAAAUGAAUCAACCGACAAGCCAUUAACUGAAAAUAGUAGCAAAUGUCUUUAGAAGAGUAAGCAUUUUUUUUCAUUUCUUCUCGAUUGAAUAGUUGUAAAUAUAGCUUUUGUGUUAGCUGGAAUAAUCUGUCGCAGAAUGUUGCAAAGCCGACGUUUAGCUAUUCUCUUGGUUUUAACGGGGUAAUGAUGAUGAACGAGUUUGUCCGCACGUGAUCGCCUGUGGAGAGUGAGGAAUGGUUGAGAUUUGUCCACUUAUUGUACGAAAAGCGAAAAACAGAGUCUUUUGCAGGCCUCCCAAAUAUGUGAUUUGAACGUGAUGGUAUUAAUGUUAGUUUUGCAUGAGAACCAACUUUUCUAAACACAGUUUGUCCUUUGAAUGUGGAAGAGAUCGUCGAGCGAUAAAAGUAGUAUAACUAUAUAAAAGAAACUGAUAACCUUUAGACUUACUUGAUCUGAAUCUACACUUUUGCCACAUCACGGCACCAAAUUGGAACUCCGCUGGUAAUCUUGUUGCUACGACGGAAGUUGUUAGUAUCCUAUUAACUUGUCUAUAUACACACAUAAACACUUCGUAUUAAGUAAACUCUUUAAACUUAGUCAUAAUUUAUUCAAAAAUAUCCACAUACACAGAGUACACACCGAAAGCUGACUACUAUUGGUAGGUUCUUUUGUAAAGAUUUUUACUUUGGAAAUAAAAACUAAAACAUA